GCAGCCCCGAGGCACCCUCUGGCAGAUUCAGCGGCGGCGACGACCUGGGCGGACAGUGCGCCGUGCGCAGGCGCGGAGUUAGACCUCGCUGCAGCCUCCAUCGCCUCGGGGAGUCGCACCCACCGAGUCCGCCUGCUGGCCCGUCAGUGCUUUCCUCCUCGUCUGCCCUCCCCGGUUCCCUCAGCGCCCUACGCACCCCGAUGGCGGAGCUGCGGCCUAGCGGCGCCCCCGGCCCCACUGCGCCCCCGGCCCCUGGCCCUGCUGCCCCCCCGGCCUUCGCCUCGCUCUUUCCCCCGGGACUGCACGCUAUCUACGGAGAGUGCCGCCGUCUUUACCCUGACCAGCCGAACCCGCUCCAGGUUACCGCUAUCGUCAAGUACUGGUUGGGCGGCCCAGACCCUUUGGACUACGUCAGCAUGUACAGGAAUGUGGGGAGCCCUUCUGCCAACAUCCCUGAGCACUGGCACUACAUCAGCUUUGGCCUGAGUGAUCUCUAUGGUGACAACAGAGUCCAUGAGUUUACAGGAACAGACGGACCUAGUGGUUUUGGCUUUGAGUUGACAUUUCGUCUGAAGAGAGAAACAGGGGAGUCUGCCCCACCAACGUGGCCAGCAGAGCUAAUGCAGGGCUUGGCCCGAUAUGUGUUCCAGUCAGAGAACACCUUCUGCAGCGGGGACCAUGUGUCUUGGCACAGCCCUUUGGAUAACAGUGAGUCAAGAAUUCAGCACAUGCUGCUGACAGAAGACCCACAGAUGCAACCCGUGCAGACACCGUUUGGGGUUGUUACCUUCCUCCAGAUCGUUGGGGUCUGCACUGAGGAGCUACACUCAGCCCAGCAGUGGAACGGGCAGGGCAUCUUGGAGCUGCUGCGCACGGUGCCCGUCGCUGGUGGCCCCUGGCUAAUAACUGACAUGCGGAGGGGAGAGACCAUAUUUGAGAUCGAUCCACACCUGCAACAGGAGAGAGUUGACAAAGGCAUCGAGACAGACGGCUCCAACCUGAGCGGUGUCAGUGCCAAGUGUGCCUGGGAUGACCUGAGCCGGCCCCCCGAGGAUGAUGAGGACAGCCGGAGCAUCUGCAUCGGCACACAGCCCCGGCGGCUCUCUGGCAAAGACACAGAGCAGAUCCGGGAGACCCUGAGGAGAGGACUCGAGAUCAACAGCAAACCUGUCCUUCCGCCAAUCAACCCUCAGCGGCAGAAUGGCCUCAACCACGACCGGGCCCCGAGCCGCAAAGAUAGCCUGGAAAGCGACAGCUCCACAGCCAUCAUUCCCCAUGAGCUGAUCCGCACUCGGCAGCUCGAGAGUGUGCAUCUGAAAUUCAACCAGGAGUCAGGAGCCCUCAUUCCUCUCUGCCUAAGGGGCAGGCUCCUGCAUGGACGGCACUUUACAUAUAAAAGUAUCACAGGUGACAUGGCCAUCACGUUUGUCUCCACGGGAGUGGAAGGCGCCUUUGCCACUGAGGAGCAUCCUUACGCAGCUCAUGGACCCUGGUUACAAAUUCUGUUGACUGAAGAGUUUGUAGAGAAAAUGUUGGAGGACUUAGAAGAUUUGACUUCUCCAGAGGAAUUCAAACUUCCCAAAGAGUACAGCUGGCCAGAGAAGAAGCUGAAAGUGUCCAUCCUACCCGACGUGGUGUUCGACAGUCCGCUGCACUAGCCGGGGCUGGGCCCUGCAGGGGCCGGCAGGGAGCCCAGCUGCUCCCCAGUGACUUCCAGCUUAACAACUGCGUAAACAAGAUUCCCACAAAUGAAAGGACAACUGUGAGGAUGACUGCGCAGCCACCACACCCGCAGCUUGGUGGGAUGCCAUGCACAGGCCACAGGCCCCCCACCUCACCUCCAGCUCAGGGGCCUCACCCCGCAGCUGGCCAAGCCCACGUGACCAAGCCCUGGUCCCACCGGGCUAGUGAGCGGGCGAAUGCAAACCCACCCUGCCUGCUGCCUCCACAGAUUCUGGUUUGAGAUUUGACUUUGGACCCUUGAUGUGCCCCAGGUGGAGACAGGCCUCACUCUCACCCACCCCCGGCCACACAGCCCAGCAGGAGGGAGGUGGGAUGCCACCGAGGCAGAGUGUGCACGGCUGCACCGCCCAGCUCCACCCUGGGAAGCCUUUGCUAGUCAAGCUCCUCUAGCCACGGAACAAUCCUCCGAUCACGUUUGGUUUUCUUCUUCCUUAUUUUAUUUUGUAGAAACUGGAUGGUAUUUUAUUGCUCUGCAAAGAUGUCCAGAAGCCAUGUAUAUAAUGUUUUUAAACAGAACUUUAUUCCCAGAUGAACUUUCUCAUUCUCUCAGACGGGCCUGGGGCUGUGUCUCUCCCUGCGUUGCCACCAGAGAAGGUGCCCGGUGUUCGCCUGCCAGCCCAGGGCCCUGGAGGAGCCGGCUUCACAGGGAGGCUUUUCUUCCCAGCUGGGCCUGGUGGAGCCCGGGGCAAGGGGAGAGCGGAGACACUCCCCCAUGCAGCCUUGAGCCCAGUUUAGCUGGAGCCAGGAAGAGGUGCGGCUUUUUUCCAAGUGAACUGGGUCCCUACAAGGUGGGACCUUCAGGGUCUCAAAGACUCGGUGGCCCCAGCCUCAUCUUCCAGGCUUUUUGUACCCAACCAGGCCUUUCUCGGAGAGGUUCAGGCCUAGCACCUCCCAGAUCAUUCCCACUGCCAGUCAGGGCCUGGGUCCUCAGCUCUGUGACCAGUCCUGUCCCAUUUCCUCAUCCCCUGGGCUUCCCAGCCUCCAGGCUGCAGGACUGGCUUAUUAAAAAACCGACAAAUCAACUUCUCAACAUCUCUCUCACUUUGAUUUUGCCAGCACUGCCCUCCCAUCCUCCCUGCAUCCUUUCGUUCCCCAACUUUCCUUCCCCAUUUCUUGUCCUGCCUCCUUUGUCCUGGCCUCUCGUGGUCUCUGUUCCUUCACUGCCAGUACUGUAGAUCUCACAGUCUGCCUUUCAGAAGCCAGCCUAGCUCUGGCCCACAGUUUUGGGGUUCCUCUCAGGUUAUCUCCCACUCCUGACCUGGAAUCAGCAAGUCCCUUUCCUGUCCUCUUACCUCCAACUCUAGGAACUGCUACUUCAAGAUUAUCCUUCCGACCUCUCCAAAGCAAAGUCAUUUUGUCUGUCUGGGCUCCUCAUGCAGGGCUCCUCCCAGCCCCCAUCUGCAUCUGCCACACAGGCACCACCAGGGGUGCCACAGAAGGCCCAUAGGUGCAGGACCCUGAUGAUGAGAGAUCUAGCCAAAGAGCUGCCUCCAGAGUGGAGGGCACGGGCCAGGCUCUCCACGGAGCUAGAGUUGGACCUCCAUGGAGCCACUAGGCCUGGCCCCUUAUGCACAAGCCCUGGGCUAUCGGGUUAACUGUCAAGUUCAGAGUUUCAAGGCAGAUCAGCCUGGAGUAUUGGGGAGAGACUGGUUCCAGAGCCCCACCAGCCAAGGCACGAGCCUCUCUGGACCUGACGUCGGCAGCAGCUGUGCCUUCUACUGCCCUGAGGACUUUUCCAAAAGGAUGCUUACUGGUCUUCGUGCACCACAGCAGCCCUGCCUUUGAAGCCCUCAUCUUCUGACAUUUUGUGGACAGAAAGGUGCCAUCAAUUUGCCUCCAUUCCUUGCCACCCCAACCAGCCUCUCCCCCAAUCCUUUCUUGCUGGGAACCUGCCUGAGGGUCCCCUGCUGCAGUUUGCCCUGCCUCUGCCUGUCUGGUUGGGGGAGGGGGGGUGAGCGUAUCCUGAGCUAAGCUUUGUCAUCAGUAUGUGAAGCAUCUGGUCAACGACUUGCCCCAGGCCUGGAGGACCUUUGUGGACCAGCGGUGGGCACCACGAGCAUGGUGGCCCUGUUCUUAGGGAACAGCCGGGGAAGGCAAGAAGCAGCAGGUGAGCUCUGAGAUGAUGGACACGUGAAGCCUGUGACCCCUUUCUGCCCCCACCGUGUCAGGAGCCUCAUGAACAUCUAAGAACCUGCUCAGGCCAGACUCCAUCUCAUCUCCCUGCAGUCACUGGCUCUGGAGGAGCGGCAGUGUAUCAGCCAUCUCUGAGCAGACCUCCUUCCCCUUGGGCAGUGGUGCUCUCUAGAGGUUUCUUGGAGAGGGGGCUCUCCAUUGAGCUGUUGCCUGGUGAGAGAGGACCCUCACUGAGGAUCAAGCAAGGCUGACCUUGUACCAUGCCCAGCUCAGCUUCUGGCGCAUGGUGGGUCCUCAGUAAAUGUGUCCUUUCUCUCCCUACAGCUCUAUGGGAGCCCCUGACCUCAUGGUGGGUGGCGGAGGCAAGGGCCCUCCCUCCCUGUCUCUGCCUCUUCUACAGGCUUCUUUGAGGCUUGCCCAAUCCUACCCAUGCUUCCAGGUCCCUGGAGUUUCAGAGUUUCUGAGAAGGGGCUCCCCUCUUGCUGUUGCUCCAUAAGGCAGGCUCCUGUGGCUCCCCAGGUCCAGUGUGGGCUGCAGGAGGACUGCCGAGCAGCUGCCCUGCCGAGGGGCCAGGAAGGCUCAUGCAAGGUCUCAGGUCUGGCCGGGGAGCUGGUGCCUCUUCCUGCCCAUCUCUUCCUCCCCCAAAGGCAAGGCUCCAGGGCAGGGAGGGCCUGGGAAAGCCUGGAGGAGAGCCUGAAAGGGCUAGAGUGUUUUACAAAAUAGACACAGGGUCUUAGGAUUGGGUUUUGAGAUUGAGUUGAGAGCAGGGAGAAAACGUGAAGGUCGGUGCCCCUAUGGGGCAGACCAGUAGAGAAUUUCCUUGACUGUAUUUUUUUAUCUGGUCUUCCCUCUCUGGCUUCCAGGACCUCCGUACCAAGUGAGGUACCCGGGUCCCUGUUCAAGUCAAGAGCCCUGUAGAGAGACCCCUCCUUUUGUAUAAGUACCUGAAUGCUGCAACAAGCAGACUUUUUUGUAAGAUUUUCUAUUAGUUUUUAAUGUCAGUGGCAACUCAGUUCCUGGGGCUGCAGCCAGCCUGGGACUUUUGUAAGAACUUUUGGGUGACUCACUUAGAUGUUGGUUCCUUCUUGCCCCUCAUCCUCUGUGUAAUCUACGUGCAUUAAAUAUACUUGCAGAA